UCUCAGGCACGAGUGGGUGGAGUGGCGGGUGAGCCGGUCACGCUGCCCUGCACCUACUCCACAGCUGGUGGGACCACCUCCAUGUGCUGGGGCCGGGGGGCGUGUCCUCUUACUCGGUGCCUGAAUCAGCUCAUCUGGACGGAUGGCCACCGCAUCACCUUUCAGAAGAGCAGGCGUUACAACCUGAAGGGAAUGAUUUCGCAAGGCAACGUGUCCCUAACCAUCGAGGACGCAGCCCAGUCUGACAGUGGCACGUACUGUUGCCGGGUUGAGUACUCGGGGUGGUUUAAUGAUUUGAAAGUCAACAUAUUAUUGGAUGUAAAGCCAGCUCCACCUAAGGCCACCAGUGCUCCGACAUCACCUAGGGUCUCCACCUCUGCUCCCACAACUCCAGCACCAACUCUGAAACUUAACACAGCUCCACCUAAGGCCACCAGCAUCCCAACAUCACCUAGUGUCUCUACCUCUGCUGCUUUGGCACCAGCGCACACGCAGGACAUUCUGAGAGAAACCACGUCAUCUUCGCCAAUGCAGACAACAGGCGCCCAGCCUAUCACAACACAGGAAAUGAAUAGGACCAGCUCACCAUCGGACCCUUGCCCAACAGACGGGAACAGCACUGUGAUUCGGCCUUCAGAGGGCGGUUGGCCAGACGGUGGAAACCAUGCGAAUGUGGGAGAAAAACCAUGGAUGAGCACCAAUAAGGUUCUCUACAUUGGACUCUUCAGUACUCUGCUGAUAUUGCUCAGUGUUUUGACGACUGUGAUUACCAAAAGACAUUUAUGUGUGAAAAGAAAGGUGUUGCAGAUAAGCAAGCCUUCACCUAUAGAGCUUCUGACCGGAACUCUGCUGAAUGACAUGGCAGUGCGCUACCAGGCAGGAGAGAGCGUCCACUUUGAGAACAAUGUUUACAGUGGGAAAUAA